AUGACGUGGUGGAUGGAGGUAAUUGGAUGCCUCUGCCGUUUCAACCGCUACACCUUUAGCCUGGAGAAUUUCCUGGCUGGUGAGUACAUCUACAACACCCUCGCUGCUGCCGGCGACGCGGGCGUCGCGCGCACCCUCGCGGCCACACCGUACGGGAUCGGGUUUGACGCCAUGAGCAUCGUGGCGGAAUCGCGGACGCUGCCGGUCGGCGACAUCAUCCAGGGAGGUGUUCGGAUCUCGGCCACGAGAUCGUCGAUCGUCGAGACGGCGCGCUUGGAUCUGGCCAAGCGCGCCACCACCGGAUGGCCGAUCGUCUACUGGAGCCACAUCUACGUGCCGCCGUCGUGCGAUUAUGGAUGCCCCAAUCUGGCCACCUUCCUCGAGUGGGUCUAUUGGAGGCAGACCAACACGCUCGACGUCACCGCGCGGCUCUCUGACAGCGAAGGCGCCGGCCAGGUCUCGCCCGAUCUCGCCACCAGUCUCGCGCUUUCGUUUCGUCGCGUCACCUGCGGCGGACCAACCAGGACGGCUUUUGCGCGAUCCGAGUGCAUGGACGACGCGGGCACCACGUGUUCCAACCACGGCACGUGCGUCGUGCCUUCGGCGCUACACCAUCGGGAACGCGACUGCGCGUCGGCGGUCAAGCCCACCAGCGCCGCCGCGAGCACCAACGGCGAUUCGGAGCUGCGUCUCGGGCUCGGUCUCGGUCUCGGCAUCGGCAUCGGCGUUGGCGUCGUCUUGCUCCUACUCUUCGCGUUCGUCUGUGUGCUGGCUGCGCUCGGCGUGGGCAUCGUGCGGCGCAAGCGCGAGCGACCCGCAUGGGACGCGUCGAUAUCCGACAUCGAGUUUGGCGAUCUGAUCGGCACCGGCGGCAACGGCGAUAUCCACAAGGCCAAGUGGCGCGGCACCGAAGUCGCCGUCAAGACGUUCGCCGCCCACCGCACCCAUUUCUCCCGCGACGAGCUGCAGAAACUGCGCGGAGAGGUCGACAUCAUGAACUCCAUGCGCCAUCCAAAUUACCUGUUGGCGCUUCGUGUCAAGCUCGCGCUCGGGAUCGCCAAGGGCAUGCACUACAUCCACUCGCAGGGCAUCGUCCACCGCGAUCUCAAGUCGCCCAACGUGCUCAUCGACUCCAAGUGGAACGCCGAGGUCGCCGACUUUGGUCUCAGCACUGCGCGACACGCCGCGGGCCUCAGCAUCCCCUGGGCGGCGCCCGAGAUCCUCAGCGAUUCAACCACGGCCGACGGCGUGCUGGCCGACAUCUACUCGUUCGGUAUCAUCUUGUGGGAGAUCAUCACGCGCGAGAAGCCCUACAAUGGGAUGUCACCAGCCGCGAUUGCGGUCGCCAAGCGACCCGUGUUCGACGACGACGUGGUGCCCUUGCCGUAUCUCAACGCCCAGGACCUCGUUUAUGAGAAGGAAGACGUCGUUGAACGACCGACGCUGCCGGAGAUCAUCAACGCCCUCGACAUCGUUGCGGGCGCGUGUGCCCCCGAGAAGCGCGUCGACGACUCGGGGGACAACUCUGGCAGCAUGACGCGCGGAUCCUCGUCCGGAUCCAACGCGUCGUCCAUGCGAUCCAUCUACGGCAACGUCCGGCCGACCGCCCACGGGUAUGGCACGACCCAACCGCCACCGCACGACGGCGACGUCUACGUCGUCAUCAGCGACAUCUCCGGAGCCGAUCGGCUGUGGGAGCUCUACCACUCGGCGGCGUGCGAGGCCACCAUGAUCCACAAUGUGCUCAUGCGCGAUCUCAUGGCAACCCACAACGGCUACGAGGUGCACAUGUCCGGCCUCAAGGCGAGCAUGGGCGCCGGCACCUUCUGCGUCGCCUUCCGCCAGGCGAUCGGCGCCGUGGCCUGGUGCUCCAGCGCACAGCGCGCCCUCGUCGUCGCCGACUGGCCCGCCGGGUUGCUGCGCAUCAACGGCGCACACGCCGAGUACGGCAACUCGUCCGACGAACACUUUGUCUACCGCGGACUGCGCGUGCGCAUGGGCGUGCACGUCGGCCCGGUGCGUCGCAUCAUGGACCCCAAGACGCGCCGCGUCGAGUACAUUGGGAGCCAGGCCAUCGCGCACGUGUCGUCAGGGGGUCAGGUGCUUGUGUCGCCCGACGUCAAGGCCGAGCUCACCGACCUGCCCGAUGAGAUCGGGCGGAUGCGUCCCCUUCGGAUCCAACACAUGGGCAACAUCGAUCUCGAGCAAGCGGCGCCCGAGGGGAUCGCCUACCAGCUGAUCGUGAACUCGCUCGAGAUGCGCGCCAAGAAUCAUGUGCGGUUCAACGACGACUGCGACGUGCUCCAGCUGCCCGCCGAGGACAUGAGCCUGCUGGUUGCCGGUGGUUUAUUGACCCGCGAGAUAGAGACCGGCAAGGUGAUCGGACGCGGGACGAGCGCCGUCGUCUACAGGGGCCUGUGGAGCAAGUCGACGCCGGUCGCCGUCAAGAUCUUCAACCGGUCGAAAAUGACCGAGGAGCAGGCGCUCCGAUUCCGCGUCGAGGUGGCCACUCUCGCCGAGCUCUCGCAUCCCAACGUCCUGCUCUUCAUCGGCGCCACCAUCGGCGACAAGCACCUCUCGCUCGUCGUGGCACCCCCCUGCGGCAGCCUCGCCGGCGUGCUCGCCAACGCCUCCGAGUUCCCGCUCACGUUCACCCAGCGCAUGCACAUGGCCUACGGCGCCGCGCGCGCCGCGAUUGCGGUCGCCGUCAUCCGUGACCAGAAGCGACCCGUGUUCGACGACGACGUGGUGCCCUCGCCGUAUCUCAACUCCCAGGACCUCGUUUAUGAGAAGGAAGUCACCGAGAUGCAAGAUCUCACGCGUCGCUGUUGGGCCCAGGACGUCGUUGAACGACCGACGCUGCCGGAGAUCAUCAACGCCCUCGACAUCGUUGCGGGCGCGUGUGCCCCCGAGAAGCGCGUCGACGACUCGGGCGACAACUCUGGCAGCAUGACGCGCGGAUCGUCCGGAUCCAACGCGUCGUCCAUGCGAUCCAUCUACGGCAACGUCCGGCCGACCGCCCACGGCCGAUCGGCUGUGGGAGCUCUACCACUCGGCGGCGUGCGAGCCGCCGGGUUGCUGCGCAUCAACGGCGCACACGCCGAGUACGGCAACUCGUCCGACGAACACUUUGUCUACCGCGGACUGCGCGUGCGCACGGGCGUGCACGUCGGCCCGGUGCGUCGCAUCAUGGACCCCAAGACACGCCGCGUCGAGUACAUUGGUCCGGCGGUGAAGGGAGCCAUGGCCAUCGCGCACGUGUCGUCAGGGGGUCAGGUGCUUGUGUCGCCCGACGUCAAGGCCGAGCUCACCGACCUGCCCGAUGAGAUCGGGCGGAUGCGUCCCCUUCGGAUCCAACACAUGGGCAACAUCGAUCUCGAGCAAGCGGCGCCCGAGGGGAUCGCCUACCAGCUGAUCGUGAACUCGCUCGAGAUGCGCGCCAAGAAUCAUGUGCGGUUCAACGAAGACGACGACGACGACGACUGCGACGUGCUCCAGCUGCCCGCCGAGGACAUGAGCCUGCUGGUGUCGGCCAACAAGUGCCGGUGGUUUAUUGACCCGCGCGAGAUCGAGACCGGCAAGGUGAUCGGACGCGGGACGAGCGCCGUCGUCUACAGGGGCCUGUGGAGCAAGUCGACGCCGGUCGCCGUCAAGAUCUUCAACCGGUCGAAAAUGACCGAGGAGCAGGCGCUCCGAUUCCGCGUCGAGGUGGCCACUCUCGCCGAGCUCUCGCAUCCCAACGUCCUGCUCUUCAUCGGCGCCACCAUCGGCGACAAGCACCUCUCGCUCGUCACCGAGUUCGUGCCCUGCGGCAGCCUCGCCGGCGUGCUCGCCUACGCCUCCGAGUUCCCGCUCACGUUCACCCAGCGCAUGCACAUGGCCUACGGCGCCGCGCGCGGUGUGCGCUACCUCCACUCGCUCGAUCCGCCGCUGCUCCACCGCGAUCUCAAGUCGUCGAACCUGCUCGUGGACGACUGCACGAUUGCUAUUGUGUUGUGA